AUAAGUGAAGGGCGACGGGUGUGCAAGAACUGUUACAGUUUUUUUGGUUUAAUUAAUUUAGAAAAGGCAUUAACAGUGGCUUGUGUCAGCCAAAUGCCAUAAGCAUAGACAUAAAUAAUACCCCAAGAAUAAUUGAAACAAUCACUAUAACUAAUACCGAGUACCAAGUGUUUUUAACAAAACCAUCGUCUCUGUCGUCAGAUCGUCUCGUGUGUUGUGUGUGUAUGUGUGUCUCGGUCUAUGUCUGUACAGGGGAUGAGUAUAAUAUAAUCAUACACAGUACAGUGUGCAGAGAAACGUUGAUGCAGCAUAGCAUUACAUUAAAGUUUUGAUAAAAUAUAUAAUAAUAAAUUGUAGGAAUAAAAAGAAGACGCGGUGGACAAUGGUUGAACGCGUCCCGGGAGGUCUCGGCGCCCUCGAUGCGGUACAAAAAUGAAACAAGCUCAUCCGCAACAAGCAGCUGAUGGCGGCCGAGUGCUGUUCUAGAGAGCCUCCAUGUCUGUCGUUUUAAUCAGUUGAUCGGAUUUUUUUUUACUUUUCAUCAUCCAACAAGAGUAGUGAUUUGCUGUUGAUAAUAAAAAAAAAUAUAUACAUGUAUCUGUGGAUAUAUAUGUAUAUAUAACUAUACUUGAUGGAACGCGUGGUCACGAGGUAACCUCUCUUGUGACAUAAAAACACAUACUGAACGCACGUGAGAUAAUAUAAAAAGAAGAUAAAGGAAAAAAAAAAAACACAAGGAAAAGCAAGAGGAAGAGGAGCUAAGCUAGUAAAUCUUAAAGGCGCUCUAUCUCGCCAGCAGUUGUGUAUUAGUGACAACGCCUAGCUCAUCAUCAUCAUCACCGUCGUCAUCGUCAUCGUGGACUCAUUUUUCAGUCAUUGAAAACAACUUUUUCCCAGUGCAACACACUUGUGGAAAUAUAUUGACUGUUUAAAAUUAAAAAAACCUGUACUCUAGUACAUAAAACGUGUUGACAGACAUUUUAAGUGUAAUAUUAUUAUUGUUGCUGUUAUUAUUAUAAUUAUUAAUACUUGGAUAAUAAUAUAUAGUAUAGUAUAGUAUAAUAUAUAAUAUAAACAUUACGAAUAAUCGGUUACUACUGGUGUUAAUUAUCUACAGUGUAAUUUAAUUUGAGGAAUGCAGCCACCGGCUCAUCAGGGUGGUCCUUAUUAUUGUAAAGUAUAGCCGCCACGAUCUCAGCCAAAGAUACGGAUUCGAGGCACGAGCGUGACGCCGGUGAUUUAAAUAAUCCAUCCAGCAUCCGCAGUGCCUCAAAUCUCACAACCAACAUGUCAUCUGCGACGUUUGUUGAUCGGAUAGAUCCAUUUUCCAAGCGAUCCCUUAAAAAGAAGUCGAAAAAAUCACAAGGCUCGUCGCGGUAUCGCAAUUCGCAGGACGUCGAGCUUCAGCAGCUACCUCAGCUUAAAGAUGUUACUCCGUCAGAGCAGGAAGAGUUGUUCAUUAGGAAACUACAGCAAUGUUGUGUCGCUUUCGACUUCAUGGAUCCUGUUGCCGAUCUCAAGGGUAAAGAAAUCAAGCGUAGCACCCUUAAUGAAUUGGUGGAAUACAUCACAGCAGGACGUGGGGUGCUUACUGAACCUGUUUACCCCGAGAUCAUCAAGAUGAUUUCGGCAAACCUAUUUCGAACGUUGCCACCAAGUGAAAAUCCAGACUUUGAUCCUGAAGAGGAUGAUCCAACAUUAGAAGCGAGCUGGCCCCAUUUACAAUUGGUCUAUGAAUUCUUUUUACGUUUUUUAGAGUCAUCGGAUUUUCAACCGACGAUUGGAAAAAAAGUUAUUGACCAAAAAUUCGUUUUACAACUGUUAGAAUUAUUUGACUCAGAAGACCCUAGAGAGCGAGAUUUUUUGAAAACGGUUUUGCAUCGUAUCUACGGUAAAUUUCUUGGCCUGCGAGCUUUUAUACGCAAACAGAUUAACAACAUUUUCCUCAGGUUUGUGUACGAGACAGAGCACUUUAAUGGUGUCGGCGAGCUACUGGAAAUUUUAGGUAGCAUUAUCAACGGUUUCGCACUCCCGCUGAAAGUAGAGCAUAAGCAAUUUUUAGUCAAGGUGCUAUUACCACUGCAUAAAGUUAAAUGUUUAUCGCUAUAUCACGCGCAACUGGCGUACUGCGUGGUGCAAUUUCUUGAAAAAGAUGCAACUCUAACAGAACCUGUGGUGCGAGGGCUACUAAAAUUCUGGCCUAAGACUUGCAGCCAGAAAGAAGUGAUGUUUCUCGGGGAAAUUGAAGAGAUACUUGAUGUUAUAGAACCUAGCCAAUUUGUUAAAAUACAAGAGCCUUUGUUCAGGCAAAUAGCGCGUUGUGUCUCGUCGCCGCACUUUCAGGUUGCAGAAAGGGCAUUGUAUUUCUGGAACAAUGAAUACAUUAUGUCGCUGAUUGAAGAAAACAAUCAUGUGAUAAUGGGAAUAAUGUUCCCGGCGUUGUACAGGAUCAGUAAGGAGCACUGGAAUCAGACGAUUGUUGCUCUUGUUUAUAAUGUUCUUAAAACUUUUAUGGAAAUGAACAGCAAGCUUUUUGAUGAACUAACUGCCAGUUAUAAAUCCGAGCGGCAAAAAGAGAAAAAACGAGAAAAAGAAAGAGAUGAACUAUGGAAAAAGUUGAAUGAAUUAGAGAUUGAACGACGCGGCGCAAUUAUGGGAACACCUAAUACUCCAGUUCCAGCCACGCCUGUAUCUGCGACACGAGCUCGUCCCUGAACUGGUAAAAAUUAAGUACCACGCUGCCCAAUUGUUAGUCCUUAGUUUACGUCAAAUUUUCCGUAUACAAGCUGAAAAUACAAAUUGUCAUUGUUAGUGAAAAGAAACAAAAAAAAAAUAAUAAUAAAAAACAAAAAAAAAUUAAACAUAAGUAUGUCAAGCAGUGACGUUACUAACGUGAAGUAUCAAUUAUUCCUCUUGUUAAUUACGCCUGAACAGCUGCAGGGUUAGGAUAAAAAGAACUAUCGGCUACCAACAAAGAAGUUGAGAAAAAAUAAAAUACAACAAUCGUACUCUUGACACCCAGGACUAUUAAAGUAAUCAGUGCGGGACGAUAAAAAAAAAAAAUUAAAUUAAACUAAAGUAAAAUAAUAAAAAAUAAAGAAUGAAAGAAAUUUAGUGACUAUGUUCACUUGAGGUCGUAUUAGAGGCCUUGACUAAUUUCUGAUAAUUUUAUUGUGUAUAUUAAUUUUUAUUAAUUUUGACGGCAAUGAAUUAUGUUGUAUGGUGUAUAAUCAGUGUCAGCACGUAAAAAAAAAAAAGAUUUCAAUAUGAGAAUGUUAGUCCCUUCUUAAUAAAGCUCGCUUGUAUUUUGUUGAAGAAGAUGAUUCAAAUGAGACGAUUCAAAUAACAAAUAUUAUAUUAAGUGUACGAUUGAUGAUACAUAUAAAUUUAACAAUUAUUAUUAUUAUUAUUAUUAUUAUUAAUAUUAAUUUUAGAUGUGAUAUUUUUGCAUUGUCACGUCUAAAUAAUUAAUAAAUAAAUUAAUAUUUAAAACUGAAUACAGAGAAGCAAUUUUUAUUAAUUCUCUGUUGAAACUGAAAAGAUUGACAUCUCAUAUGAAUCCUCGUCGUCAACAAUUGAUAGGAGGGGCAUUGUUUGAAAUGUAUCAUAUAUACGUAUUAAUGAUGAUUGAUGAUGAUAACUAUAACAAGAACUUGAUUAAUUAAUAAAUUAGAUAAAAAUAUAAAUAUAUAUAAUUAUACAUUAUUAUACAAAAUAAAAAAAAGUAUAGUUAUAUUGAUGAUGAUAAUACUGAUCAACACAGUAAUUUAAAAAAAAAUCACAUUACAAAAUUUUACACUCCUAACAUAAAAACAUUUACUCCUACACAUACACACUGUACUCAAUACAUUUAAUUCAGAAGGGAAAAAGAAAUAAUUAAAUCCUAAAGGAUUAAAUAAACAAAACCCACAGUGCUAUCUAUAUUAACAAGUGCAUCAACCGUGUAUUCGUAACCGGUCGCGCAAUUUUAUUUUAAUUUAUUAUAUAUUUUUGUUUCUUUUAAUUAAAAGGACGAUAAUCGCGUCUUAGUGUGUAUGUAAGUGCGUGCAAAUAAAUAAUAACACUUAUGAGUUAAUAUAAUAAUGAUAAAUAAAUAAUUGAAGUAAUAAAGACGAAAUUCAAUGAGAGAAACAAUUAUAACAUAAAAAGAUACAUGUUGUUUUUUAAAACGAAAGAAUGAUUAUUAAUAAUAAUAAUAAUAAUAAUAUUGAUAAAUUAAUAAUAAUAAUAAUAAUAAUAUAAUUAAUAGAAAAAUAUGCAAGGGACAAGUUAUACAAGGAAAAAAAAAUAAUUGUACCAAAUUAUCCAUGGUUACUUAUAAAUAUAAUUAAUAAAUAGAGAUAAAAUGCAUAAUAAGAAUUUAUUCGGAGCUGGGCUCCCACCGGCCACCGUGAAAGUGUACGUGGGAAGUUUUUAAAACUUAAAAAAAAAAUUUUUCUUACAAUUGCAUAAUGAUGACUGUGCAUUAGAAUGAUUAACAGAUAGUUAAGAAAGAGAUAAAUAACUAAAAAUGAAAUUAAUAAUAACAAAUACGAUUGACAUGUGAAUGAAUGACUGCUCACAUUUUAUUUGUUUGUUGAUAAAAUUUAGCUGUCGGCAUUAA